GUAGCAGCCGAAACACCCAAGAGCCAGCAACAGAUUCCACCCCAAAUCUCCGUCCGAAAUCCCCUCAUCUCUCUCUCUCUCUCUCUUUUUUAAUAGCUUUGCCUCAAUUCAUGACUUUCUUCUGCGAAAAGAUUUUCUUGGCGACGUCCCUGUCAAAAGCAAACUCCAGCGGGACUUCAAGUACAAUUUCUUCUUGAUACUCGCUGACAUACUCCAGAAAUUGCGAUUGCUUUUCCUAGUUAAGCAAUGGAAGCCGCAGAAGAAACCCGAGCUUGCAGUACCACUUCAAGACCUGCCCAUCUCUCUCUCCCCAACAUAUCUUUGCCUUUGCCCGUUUUCUGAUGAACAAACAGAAAAAGAUGGAAUUUUUCAACACUUCUGAUGGGUUCCCCGCGAACUAUCUUGGGUUCCAAGAGCUGAUAAGAAAUGGGUCGUCGUCCAGUUCGUCGUUGGUAUUGGAUAAUCAGAGAGGAGAGCUUGUCAGGGCUCUGGUGAAGCCUGGACAGAAGGUGGCUAAUGCGGAGAAGGCUCUGAUAGCUCUGAGGAAUCACAGCGAGGCUGAACGCCGGAGAAGGGAAAGAAUUAAUGGUCACUUGGCCACGCUGAGGAGCCUAAUCCCUGGAACAAAUAAGAUGGACAAAGCAGCAUUACUGGCCGAAGUCAUCAAUCAAGUAAAGGAACUCAGACGGAGUGUGGCCGAAGCUACUGAUGGAACGCUGGUGCCGACAGAUAUUGAUGAAGUGACAGUUGAACAACAGGAAGAUUUAAACGACGGAACUGCCUUCUCGAUCCGGGCAUCCCUGUGCUGUGAUUUCAAACACGAGCUUCUCUCCGAGUUAAGAGAAGCUCUUGAAGCUCUCCCUUUGAAGAUGAUAAGGGCCGAGAUGGCUACCUUGGGAAGUAGAAUGGUAAACGUGUUCGUGAUCUCUGGACGAGAUGAGGGCUCAAACGUAGAGGGUAGGGAAGGAGGCCAACUUCUUGUUGACUCGGUACAUCAAGCUCUGAGGUCCGUGCUCGAUAAAUUUUAUGCAUCGGAGGAGUUCUCGUCACGCAAUGCACUGUCCGGUAAGAGGAGAAGGGUUUCGUUUUUCAACUCUUCGAAUUCAUCUUCUCUGGGAGAUGUCUGGUGAGAAGGUGAGCUUGUUUAUGUAUGAAUUGGUUGUUUAUGCUGCGUUUGUUUGUCAAAUGCAUUGAUGCAUAAGUGAUCAAGACUUUGGUGGCAUAUGCUUUGGCAUGUAUAUCUUCUACGUUUUGGUGGAAAGGGGUGUGCAUGCCUUGUCAUAUGCCUGCCUUUAUUUGAAUCUAUUCUGCUUUCUACAUGGAAAAUAAUGACUAGUUUGUUGUUCUUGUACACUUCACUGUCAAAAU